UAUAACUACAAUAUUGACUUAUUUGUUUAGGUGGAUGGCGGUUUUUAAACAAAGUGCUAUUAAGAUGUUAAAUAAGUUGUGAUAUUAUUAUUAUUUAAAGUUAACGAUGUCAUCAAAACAAUUUUCUGAAGUUCCUUACCAGAAUUUUUCUUUGAUCAAACGUAACGUAAAAAGUAAAUGCCGACAGGGGAAACGUUUGAGUGACGCCGAUUUGUUUGUAGAUCCAUCAUUCCCUCCAGAUUUGACGUCACUUACAUACGUCUACACAGGAGAUGAUAGAUAUGAAAAAAUGGUAUUCAAAAGACCAACGAUUUUAGAAAAUGAUGCAACUUUUUGCGGAGUUGGUGGAACUUGGGAUGCUCCAUUUCCAUGGAAAUCGUUCAAGAAAAGGGACUGGUUCCAGGCCGCUAUCGUAGUCGCAUCCUUGGGUGUACGUUACUUGGAAAAAUUGAUGCCGGGAUACAGAAAUUGUGAUCAAAGUUUUAUCAACGAUUAUAUUGGUGCUUUUCGUUUCAAUAUUUGGCGGUUUGGUGAUUGGUUGGACACUAUUAUAGAUGACAAUUUACCAUGUCUACAAAAUAGUCUGUUAUACUGUCAGGCCUAUGGUAGUCCACCUGAAUUCUGGGGACCACUUCUAGAAAAAGCUUAUGCCAAAAUUAUGAAGACAUACGAAUCGAUAGAAGUCGGUAACAUGUUGAAUGCCUUGUCUGAUCUUACCGGAGAUAUCUGUGAAUUUUAUACACAAGAUAUAAAUCCGCCAGAAAACUUGUUUUACAUUAUGUAUAAGUCGUACUCGAAUCGAUCACUGCUUGUGUGCUGGAGAAACGAGAAAAGACUCACACAUACUGGAUUUCAUCAUACGCUUGAAUCCAUCGAGAACACCAGUUUUGAAGAAGAAAAUGAAGAUCUAACAAGAUAUCUACACAUUAUAACAGCUACGACGAAGUUCCCGACAACCGAUGGGCGAUUGAUAGAAAUGGUCAGAUUGAAAUGUCAAUUUACUGCAGAACCAAACUGGCAUGGAAAAUUUUCAGACUGUGAUCCAAUCUCAUGGGGGUCUGUAUCCCUUUGGUUCAUGGAAAAAUAUAAACCACUCCAGUGCAAAGAUAAAGACGAGUACUGGAUGAAAUAUGAAGAUUUCAGGUGUAAUUUUGGUGGAUUAAUUAUAAUAAAUGGAACAGACCCUUUCCGUUCAGAAGGGUUGUCAAUAGAACGUAUUUACAAGCGCUCAGAUUCAAGCGAUUCAACAACACGUCCUCCUAGCGGCCAAAGUAUAGACGGAGCACUUCCGUUAAGUAGUCGCAAUUCAACAGCAUCAUCGUUUAUUGUGAGGAAUGGUCAAUCCCAAAAUAGACUACAUAACUCUCUAAACCCGCCAAAUGACACAACACAAAAACGUCACAGUUUUACGUCAAGUCCCCAAACAGAUAAUAUUAUGAAAAUGCUUUUAAAUGGCAGAAAUGUGCCAUGUAGUACAAAUAACAACGAAUAUUCCGAUUGUCCAGCUUACAAGAAGAGAUGGUAUUGGCGAAGAGGUAGUUCGGACGAUACUGCAGUUUAUCCAUUCUCUAGGAUUGAAAGUAUAUGUUCCGAAAAGUCACAGGAUGGUGACAGUAUAAAUGGGGAGACAGAUAUAACAGGAUUUCAGGCAGGCUUUGCGUAUGCAUAUAGACGUAAAAGUGCUCCUCUAAUAGGAAGAAACUUCUCUUCGUCUUCUUUAUCACACUUGACUCACAGUAGUUUCCUAGCAACGAAAACAGAUUUCUUCCGGUCACGUGGCGGCUGGAAACUUUUAGUAGAACAUCGUGACAGAUGGAUCAAGCUAGAUGUGUCAAAUCUGUCCAAAUGCCCACGUGUAUACUUUACCAUCAGCAAGCCAGGUGUCAUAAAUGAAAUGAUACCACAAAAUUACCAUCGUAAAAGCCACAUCCUCGUGUCACUCCUGCAGGACUACCGUAGAGGAUCGACCUGUGGACAACUUGUUCCAAUCGGAUUAGGCCUUUACAAGUGCAAGACACCAGAGUGUAAAGAUUUCUCAAAAUACAAAUACAUAAGCAGAUGCGAAUCACAUAACGAUGAAAGGGAAAUAACUGUCCGUUUUGAUCUUGAGGAGGGAAGCUAUGUAGUUGUGCCUUACAGUCAAGUUCCACAACAUGAAGGAGAAUUCCUAUUGCGAAUACUGUGUGAAAAAGAUGUGUUAUGUGGUACAAGAAAUGGAUGGUGA